CGGGGCUGGGACCGCCCCUACAGCCCCACGCCCCUUUUUAGGUCCGGGGGUUAAACUCUACUCAGUGCAGGCAGCAGCAGAAUGUGCUCUUGGACGUGGCUGCCUGGAAGGGCUGCUAUCUCUCGCCUCUUUGAAGGCGCCCAUGUCGAGGGUUACCCCCUCCAGGGAGCUGGUUCCUAGUUAAGAAUAUCAGAAUGUGUACGCAGAGAGGCAGGCAACAGCACGAACAGCCACGCUUCUAGAAUGUUCUAGGGAGCGCGCAGGAGCAGCGCAGAGCGAGUAGGAAGGGGCAAGCGGAGGACCCGGGGUCACGAGACCGUUGGGUGGGAGGAGCCAGCGGUCGGGGAGGUUCUAGUCUGUUCUGCCUCGCGGCAGACGCCCCCUUCUGCGCGGUCACGCCGAGCCAGCGCCUCGGCCUGGAAGCGGGCCGCAGACCCUUAGUUUCGUCCACCGCCUGACGACCAUGGACCCCCGAAAAGUCAACGAGCUUCGGGCUUUUGUGAAGAUGUGUAAGCAGGAUCCAAGCGUUCUGCACACAGAAGAAAUGCGCUUCCUGAGGGAAUGGGUGGAGAGUAUGGGGGGUAAAAUACCACCUGCUACUCAGAAAGCUAAAUCAGAAGAAAAUACCAAGGUAAGUUUUAAUUUCAUUUGUAUGUUUUAUGAUAAAACACAACAAGGUUUCUUAGGGGUUUUUAAACUUUUGCUCCCCAGUUAUCACUCCCAGUUUUUACUCUUGUGGGAAGUGGCUACUAUAUUGUACAGUGCAGGUCUUAUUGUCAUUUUUUCAACUUUGGCAGAAAUUGAUAAUGAAGGUGUGAUUGAACCAGACACUGACACCCCUCAAGAAAUGGGAGAUGAAAAUGCAGAGAUAACAGAGGAGAUGAUAGAUCAGGCAAAUGAUAAGAAAGUGGCUGCUAUUGAAGCCCUAAAUGAUGGUGAACUUCUGGGCCACUGGGAAGAAGCAGCCCAUGAUCUUGCCCUUGCCUGUAAACUGGAUUAUGAUGAAGAUGCGAGUGCAAUGCUGAAAGAAGUGCAACCUAGGGCACAGAAAAUUGCAGAACAUCGGAGAAAGUAUGAGCGAAAACGUGAAGAGCGAGAGAUCAAAGAAAGAAUAGAAAGAGUUAAGAAGGCUCGAGAAGAGCAUGAGAGAGCCCAGAGGGUAAAUUUCCUAUAGCUAAGCCAUGAAAGAAAAAUACAGAGUUUUUAGGACACUAAAAUUCUAAUUUCUGUCUCUUUUAUUUAAUGCUGGCUACAGUUCUAUAGAGUAAUGAUAUUACUUAUAAGGAGUCCACUUUCACUGUGUCUAAUUUUGGGAACAUUUUUAGUCUUAAAUUUUUCAGUGAGCUUUUAUUUCACUACUUUGUAUUCUUGUUUGUGUUUUUAUAAAAUCAAGAGUUUUUCCAGGUCAAGUAAUUAAAAUGUGGUGGCAUUAUUGUUUGAUCUUUUGAGGAUCCUUGGCCAGAUUAAUUAAAUUAUGAUUCUUCCUCUCUUCCGACA